GCUGACUGAAGAGCCGAUUGCCUCGCGGGACAACGGUCGGCGACGCAGGUUGUGGUAAGAGCGGAAGAGCGCUCUCGGCGGGUCUCUGUGCAGUCGGCGAGGCAGAGGGCCGCCGCAGCACCAUGGCGACCACCGUCAGCACGCAGCGCGGGCCGGUGUACAUCGGUGAACUCCCCCAGGACUUCCUCCGUAUAACACCCACGCAGCAGCAGCAGCAGAUCCAGCUGGAUGCCCAGGCAGCCCAGCAGCUGCAGUAUGGAGGAGCAGUUGGCACCGUUGGUCGCCUCAGCAUCACUGUAGUACAGGCAAAAUUGGCAAAGAAUUAUGGCAUGACUCGUAUGGACCCUUACUGCCGCCUGCGUCUGGGCUAUGCUGUUUAUGAAACUCCCACAGCACACAAUGGCGCCAAGAACCCUCGCUGGAACAAGGUCAUUCAGUGUACAGUGCCCCCGGGCGUGGAUUCAUUCUACCUUGAGAUCUUCGAUGAGCGAGCCUUCUCCAUGGACGACCGCAUAGCUUGGACCCACAUCACCAUCCCCGAGUCCCUGAAGCAGGGCCAAGUGGAAGAUGAGUGGUACAGUCUGAGUGGGAGGCAGGGCGAUGACAAGGAGGGCAUGAUUAACCUGGUCAUGUCCUACACGUCCCUCCCAGCUGCCAUGAUGAUGCCUCCGCAGCCUGUGGUCCUGAUGCCAACUGUGUACCAGCAGGGCGUUGGCUAUGUGCCCAUUGCAGGGAUGCCUGCCGUCUGCAGCCCUGGCAUGGUGCCUAUGGCCAUGCCCCCACCAGCUGUGGCUCCUCAGCCCCGCUGUAAUGAAGAGGACCUCAAGGCUAUCCAGGACAUGUUUCCCAACAUGGACAGGGAAGUUAUCCGUUCUGUGCUUGAAGCCCAGAGAGGGAACAAAGAUGCUGCCAUCAAUUCCUUGCUGCAAAUGGGUGAAGAGUCUUAAACCCACCUGUGGCCCUUGGCUUCACAGCACUGACCCCUGGACUUGUUCACCCAGGGCUCCCCAGGGUCACCAUCCCCACAAGAUUCCAAUGAAAGACCAUCCACAUACCCUUUCCUUGGACAUCUGCGCCGCCCCUUCCCACAUAUUUUGGGGAUGCAUGUGGAUUUUUGGUUCUAGGCAGGCAGUCCUCUUCAUUGUUGCUGGGGCACAGAGUUAGGGGACAGUUCUCUCCUAGUCUCUAGCUGGGUGAUGGUGGCAUGGCCCUGUUCUUGCACAGACCAGUGGUCCUUUUGGGGAUCUGCAUCUCCUGUCCUCACCCUAUUCUGGAAAGCAUUCUUACAGAAAGCAACUGCCUCUGCCAGGAUACUAGAAAUUGUACAGCAUCCUUCUGAGUGAUGGAUGGCAUGGAGUUACUCAGCCCAGCUGGGAUGAUUGUUGAGGGUGGGUGCACUAAGUUCAUGUGCACUUACUUGCAGGUUAUUUUUAGAACUUUCAAGCUAAAAGCUCCUUCCCUCCUCUGAUGUUGUAUGUGAACCUGGGCCCCUCACCUAGUCUGGGUCAGUGAGAUAUGCUUCUCAGCCAUAUGCAGCAGGUCUCUAACCUCCUGUCUAGCUUACCUGCCACUGUCUGGCUAGGUUUCAGCCACAGAAAUCCAACUUGAAACAGAAAGUGUCCAGACCUGGUGCUUGGUUGGCAAGGCCCCACCUUGGUCCUCACUGCUGGAAGCUGCUUUCCACCUCCUUUUGUUUAGUACCAGCAUUGUGGGUCCUACUCUAGGGGCUGUUCUUGUUGAUAGACCUUAAUCACAGAGUCCAGAGUCAAGUGAAGGAGAUGGGUGGGUGUGCUUACUACUAAAAUUCAAGCAUCGUGACACUACUGACCUGCACUAUACUCUGUGAACCCAUACUGUAGCUUGGCUUGAGUGAUAAAAAUCCAUGCUUAAAUUAAACCUUCAUGAAGCUAUGGGUGCCUGUACCUGAUCAGUGGAGAUUGUGUGUUGUAUUUUGAGUUGCAAACCUUUGAGCCCAUGACCUGGCUAUAGAUCUGUUUAGGGAGAAAAUGAGUGACACCUUGUCCUAAGAUUGAGACCUUGAAAAUUUUCUCAGAAUCAAUACAUUAUGUUAAGAAGCUAUCAAGCAUUGUCACAUGUUUAUGGUGUAACAGUUUUGCCUUACAUUGCAGUUGGUUUUUGUUUUUCUGAGAAUUUGUACACCCAGUUUGAAUAUGUGAUCCAUCAAUAUGGGCAUGAAGGUGACUCCUAGAAGUUUGGACUAUUGUGAAGGACUUCAAAUAAGAAAAUUAGUGCUUCAGUCUUGGUCUUUGCCUCCUAAAAACACAGUGAAAUAGCCUACUUUCUGUUAUCCGAGGGGGCGGGGGGGGGGGGGAUGCCUUUUGUCAACUGUAUUGUUCAUAAGUAUUUAUUUUUGUAAGCCUAAAGGCAGUAUGUGGAUGGUGAGCAUGGGAUGGUGGGAACAAGCACUUUUCGUUAGUUGUAGGUCUUUAAACCUUUUAACUGCAAAAUGGAGAAGAAAGACCAGCGUUUGUUAAGUAGAUCCAACCACUCACUCUAACACACCAGGCACUGGAAGUCUCCGUUCUAGACUGUUGUGUGCCCUGUGCUUGGUAUAUGGGGUGGACGAGUCAAGUGGGCAGGACCUCCUUAGGCGGUCCACUCAGUGUUACCAGCAGACUCAGACUGCGGAGCAGGACCUCAGCCCGUCUCUAGGUGUCAGGUGUGGCUGUGUGCAUCAGCUCCUGCCUUAAGGAGGUCCCAGCUGAGCUCAGGGCCACUUGGUUCAUGUGAGGUUCUGUAGAAGCAUCAGGAUUUGCUGCCAGCCCCUGAGCAGCCCCCACAGCACUCAGAGGUAGCGUUCACUAACUUGAGCUUGCUCGAAUGAAGAGUGAUGGUUUUAAGACAGAUUUAAGACUUGAGCUGAACACAGACUCUUCUCUUUGUCAUGAACAUUUUAUUUUUUUAAUAGAUUGAAGAAAGAUCACAUUUUAUAAGGCCUGAGUGAUUGAUACUCCACUCUCCUAGGUUUUGCUAUUUUGUCUUGGAAUUUCAUGUCAGCGCCCAGCUAAUGCAACAAAAGAGGCAGUGCUUAUCAGUGCCUGUGUAGGUACCAGGGCACCAGAGCAUGGCUUGCUUGGCCUUCCAUCCCAUCCUGAACCUUCUUGAGAUGAAAAGUCAUCCCUGGAAGGCAGACAGAGGCCAAGGCCACAGCAGAGGCCACAGCAGAGGCCACAGCAGAGGCAGACAAGCUUCUGCACAGGGACCAGGCUCUCACUGGGUGUCAUUGCUGCUCUUACCAAGUCUGAAGAUUGAUGUUGGUAGAAACUUUCACAAGGUGUUCACUGGAGCCCCUUCCCUCAGGCCAGCUCUAGGGUAGGCAUGUGUCUAGGGAUGGCCAGAGCUGGUUUCUUCUCUGGGCAUGUUGGUUGGCUGACGUAACCUGCUGCACGCUUGUGGUCUGAAAUGGCCCAGGGCUUUCAUCUCACUGUGUGAGUGAUGUCGGCCUGAUGACAAGUGCUGUGCCACUGGGCUCUGCCCUCGCCUCCCAGGCCUCUCCACAGACGCUGGUGUCAUCUGGUGACUGUCUGGAGCUUGGUGGGAAUGGUUCUCAGAACUGUCUGUGGUUAUCUUGGGGAUGGGGGUCCGUGUCCAUAUUUUUCUUUGAUUAUAUGAUAUAUUUUUACUUUUCAGCCUUCUAAUUUAAUAAGUGGUCUAUAUAUAAUAGAAAAAUAAAGUCCUCUGAGGAAAUGUUUA